GUGUCACCUGGAUUUUUCAACAACCAAAUAUAAUGAAGAAAUUCGCAAUAUUGCUUAUGAGAAAUUUGGUGGUGGUAAAGAUCUAGAAGGUGGUAACAAAAGCAGCAACGCCCGUACUGCUUCUCCUUCCCCUGAUGUCUACAUAAUUGGCGAAACUGGCAUUAAUCAAGAAUCGAAACAACGUUUAGCAAAAGUGCUAAAGCAGUUGGAGGAAUGGGCUACACCGUUUGAAUGCUAUCGUAUCACUAUGAUGGAGAAAAAAUCAAACACAGUGGAGCAAGAGUCAUUCGACAGCAUCCUUUUGUUGCAGGGCGAAAAACCGGAAGCGGAGAAAAGUGGAGCCGAAGAGAUACAAGCAAUCAGUAUUCCAACAACAUCGGAUGCUAGUGCUAACAGCAGGAGGAAUGCUGAAAUUCCUGAAAAACGUACGCGAAAGCCCAACUGGACAAAUGCUGCAGAAAAGUGCGACAAUCAGGUGGAUUAUAGCAGCUUGCAGUCGACAGUUUUCCCUAAAGGUAUUUUUUAA